AUUGAUGCCCCUUUGUUUGACGUUGAUCUUCAAUCAUUACGAACUGGAAGGGCUGAUUGGGAUACACUUCUGUGACGCUGAUGAAAAUUAUAAGGAGAAUUAUAAGCUAAAAUUUAUGAGAAAAAACGGCCAUUAUUGAUCCACAGGGAACAAGGAAGAGCGAGUGUUGGUGACUUGGUGUGUAUAUGUUUUUGGGGUUUGUAACUUUAUGAAUCUGUGAGCUUUUUUUUUCAUUAUUUUUCCUUCUCGUCUUUGGACGGUUUGCUGAGCUUUUAAUCCCGUUUUUAUCCUUCUAGAGAGAGAGAGAGAGAGAGAGAGAGAGAGAGAGAGAGAGAGAGAGAGCGAGAGACAGAGAGACAGAGAGAAAAGUUGUGGGAGGCGCAGGGGAAUUGGGCUUUUUUUCCCAGUUCGCGAUGGUUUUUGAUUGGAAUCUAUAGCAACAAUUAGAUUUGCCCUUUUUGUUUUGUCUUAUUUUGUUGGUUUUUCGAAUUUGUUUUUCUGGGUUUCGGAAAUCGUUUGACGGGGUUUCCAAGCUGUGGUUUUUGUAAACCCAGACAGGGAUCUUCGAUGCAUUGAUUGGAUUUGGUGGAUUUGGAUUUUUCCUAUCUGGGGUUGCUUCGAUUUGUGUUUUUGUUGGUGAAAUGAAUGGUGGUAAUGAGGUCAUUGCAGCUCCGGCCGCCCCGCCACAGCCGCUGGACUGGAAAUUCUCUCAGGUCUUUGGGGAGCGUACAGCCGGUGAAGAAGUUCAGGAAGUCGAUAUCAUUUCAGCAAUUGAAUUUGAUAAAAGUGGGGAUCAUCUUGCUACUGGUGACCGUGGUGGCCGGGUGGUACUCUUUGAGAGGACAGAUACCAAAGAUCAUGGUGCAUCAAGAAGGGAUUUAGAGAGGAUGGAUAAUGCAAUUAGUAGGCAUCCCGAGUUUCGUUAUAAGACAGAAUUUCAGAGUCAUGAGCCUGAGUUUGACUACCUGAAGAGUUUGGAAAUUGAGGAAAAAAUUAACAAAAUCAGAUGGUGCCAGCCAGCUAAUGGUGCCUUAUUUCUCUUAUCUACUAAUGAUAAAACAAUCAAGUAUUGGAAGGUGCAAGAAAAGAAGGUCAAAAAGGUUUCCACCAUGAAUGUGGAUCCUUCUAAACCUGUUGGAAAUGGAAGCAAUGCUAGCUCGAGCAACUCAAGUAGCUCUGGACCAUAUCUUGCAAAUGGAGGAUCCCCAGACCGAUAUCCGAGUAAUGACCCUUCAUUUCCAGCAAGGGGCAUACAAUCGCUGCGCUUACCAGUGGUAACUACCCACGAGACUAACCUGGUUGCAAGAUGUCGAAGAGUGUAUGGCCAUGCUCAUGAUUAUCACAUCAACUCCAUCUCCAAUAAUAGUGAUGGAGAAACUUUUAUAUCAGCUGAUGAUCUGCGGAUAAAUCUUUGGAACUUGGAAAUUAGCAGUCAAAGUUUCAACAUUGUUGAUGUCAAGCCUGCUAACAUGGAGGAUCUGACUGAGGUGAUAACGUCUGCAGAGUUUCAUCCUACUCAUUGCAAUAUGUUAGCAUACAGCAGUUCAAAAGGAUCCAUCCGCCUAAUUGAUUUGCGGCAGUCGGCAUUAUGUGAUUCUCAUGCCAAAUUAUUUGAGGAGCAGGAAGCACCUGGUUCUAGAUCCUUUUUCACUGAGAUUAUUGCUUCAAUCUCUGAUAUUAAGUUUGGAAAGGAAGGAAGAUACAUUCUUAGUCGUGAUUACAUGACUCUCAAGUUGUGGGAUAUUAAUAUGGAUUCUGGUCCAGUUGCAGCAUUUCAGGUUCAUGAAUAUUUAAGACCUAAGCUCUGUGACCUUUAUGAAAAUGAUUCAAUCUUCGAUAAGUUCGAGUGUUGUUUGAGUGGAGAUGGAUUGCGAUUAGCUACAGGCUCUUACAGUAAUUUAUUCCGCGUGUUCGGCUGUGUAUCGGGAAGUACAGAGGCUACAACUUUAGAAGCUAGCAAAAAUCCAAUGAGGCGUCAAGUUCAGACCCCUUCAAGGCCUGCCAGAUCUCUAAGCAGUAGUAUAACACGAGUUGUAAGACGAGCAGGAUCAGAGAGCCCUGGGGUUGAUGCAAAUGGAAACUCAUUUGAUUUCACAACAAAGUUACUGCAUUUAGCUUGGCACCCAACUGAGAACUCGAUCGCCUGCGCUGCUGCUAACAGCUUGUACAUGUACUAUGCGUAAACGUGGUUUAGCAAGAAACGUAUUUGCUCAGUCGACUUUCUCAAGAGUCUCUCUUGGAGAAAGCUAUUUUCCCAUUUCCUGCCAGCCAUUGGAUUCGUAAGCUUUGCAAGUACUCGACAUCAUGACAUACGUAGCCCAGAGACUUACCGAACGUGCGUUUGGUAUCAUUCCCAGAUGCAGCAGAGGUGGCUGCCACACAAUCCUCCACACAAGGUUUAUGUUGAUUUAUUUGCAGUGGCUGCAUCUCAUUUUGGUGUUCCUCAACCCCCAACUAUUUAGUUUCUUCUUUUUCACUGUUUUUGAUUCCGCCGCAGUGUCUUCUUGUGAAAGAGAAGAUGCAGAGUUAUGUUUCAGAUUGUUUUGGGUUGGAGCCAUGAAGGAAAAAAAGAAUGUGAUUGUAGCUCUCCUACAACAAAUACUAUAAACCAAUGUUCAAUAUUUGCAACAACCGCAACUAGGUUUAUUAAGAUGACCACCAAAAAGAAAGUGUAGUUUUUAUUCUUAAUCUUUGUUGGGAUUUUACUUUUUAUAAACUUGCACCAUCAUUUUUUCA